UGACGAUUUUCCUUCACACCCCCGCCUCCCUUUCUUUCUUUCAUUCAACACACGAUCUCCUCUCUCGCCCCGAUUCAGAUCGAUCCCCUCUCAUCCCCCGAUUCAGAUCUCGCCCGCCGCCGCACGUUCUGCUCACCACCAGCCCUGGGGCCUCCUCCCUUCUUCUCGGUGUUCGGGAUUGAUGGCGAUGUUGAUGAAGGAGGAGAGGGCGGUGGACGAUGCCCCGGGCUACCCCAAGGCCUACGCCAGGCUCUGCCGCGCCGGCGUUGGCGGGGGCGCGCUCGGCGCCUUCCUCCCCUACGCCCUCCAGCCCCACGAGGCUGCUGCAGUUCUGCACCAUCCUUGCCUUUCAACAAUCGCCAUCUUGAGAACACCGCCGCCGCCCGCUGAUUUGGAGCAGACCUGCAGCAGCACACCGCCGCCGUCCAGCACGACUCCGUCUCCGCGCCAGGUGUCUACCACGACCUCGUCCCGCCCCAAGGGCCGCUGCAGGCCCCCCGCUACGUCGACCUCGUCCCGCUCGAAACAUUACAACAAAGAUUCAUGGAGCCCGAGGCAUCCAAGGAGGCGGAGGCCGGAGAUCCAGCAGAUCCUCGCGUCCUAGUGUCCAGUGACGAUGAGAUAGACUAAUCCGUGGAGCCUGAGUUCUACGACCCCACCAUAGACGAUGUCGAUGAGCGGUGGGCACACAAGCAGAGGAAAGGGCAGACUUCUAAUGCCGUGCUGAGCUGCCUGGCGUGUUUCACUACCUUGUGCCUGGAUUCCCAGAGCAGGUAAAGUGAAGCGGUGGCCGGCGACGAUGCGCAAGUGGGCGCUCCUUCUCGUCGUCCUCCUCCCCUAGCACGUGGUCGCGAUGCAUCGAUCUCAUGCGCGCACACGACUAGACUCCAUAGUCGACAACCAUUCCACACCUGCAUGUACUGUGCGUCGGUCGUAGUGGCAUGGCAGACCAAGAGGGAAACACAAGCAUUCCCCCUGGAUCACAACGGGGGCGCCAAAGCCUUUUUUUAUUUCUUCCAUUGGUGUGUUUCUUGUUGGGUUCUAUCUAAUGAGUUGUCUAAUUUUGAGAGAUGCCAAUUAAUAAAUGUCUCGUCUCGUCUGGUUUCCAGCGAUAAAAUGGUGCGUAAGUUCUGAUCUCUUUUGAGAUUUUG